AUGGAGAAAGCCAAGAGGAAGGAAUCGAAGAGCGGGGAGAAGAGGCGCGGGAGGCCGCCGACGCUCGCGAGCGUCAAGUUCAAACUGUCGCAAGUCAAGGACGCGUCGGACGCUCAGAAGGGAAGCGGCAAAGAGGAGAAAGAAAGCCUGAAAAAAAUCAAAAGGUCACCCUCCACUACGUUCCAGCAAGCCACGAAAAUCAAGAAGUUACGAACUAGCAAACUCUCCCCGCUAAAAUCCAAAUUCAAGGCAGGGGCCAAACUGCAGAUCGGGAGGAAAAGCGUUCAGAUCGCGCGCAGGAGAGGCAGGCCGCCGGCGUCGGAGCGCGUCAAGGCUUCCUCCGCCCCGGUGCUCAACUCGCAGCUGGAGAAACCGCAGCGGGCGCGCAAGGAGAAGGACGGCACGCCGCCGCCGCCGAAGGAGGAGAAGGCCGCCGUGAGGCAGAGCCCGCGCCGCAUCAAGCCCGUUAGGAUCAUCCCCUCCACCAAACGGACCGACGCGGCGAUCGCCAAGCAGCUCCUGCAGAGAGCUAAAAAGGGGGCGCAGAAGAAGAUCGAGAAGGAAGCGGCCAAGCUGCAGGGCAGGAAGGGCCGGACCCAGCUCAAGAACAUCCGGCAGUUCAUCAUGCCGGUCGUGAGCGCCAUCUCCUCCCGCAUCAUCAAAACACCCAAGCGCUUCAUCGAAGACGAGGACUACGACCCCCCUAUCAAAAUAUCGCGGCUGGAAUCGACGCCCAACAGCCGCUUCAGCGCCACGUCGUGCGGUUCUCGGAAGCGGAAGAGAAGAGUGUUCAGCCCCAUCCGCUCGGAACCCCGGUCUCCUUCGCACUCCAUGAGGACGAGAAGCGGGCGACUUAGCAGCUCUGAGCUGGCAACUCUCACCCCACCGGCUUCUGUCUCUCCCUCAUUAACUAGCAUCUCUGUUAGUUCUCUUGCCACUAGUGCCUUAAAUUCAACUUUCACCUUUCCCUCCCAUUCCCUCACGCAGCCCGGGGAGUCGGCGGAGCGAAGCCAGAGGCCGAGGAAGAAGCCGAGCGCUCCGGCAGAGCCGCUCUCCUCUACGCGCCCCGCUCCUAUCUUUAAAAUCUUUCCCUGGUUCGCAUCGAGUCCCCAGACAGAGAGGGGGAGAAGCAAGGACAGGGCCACCGAGGAGCUGUCCAAGGAGAAGGAUGCUGACAAAAGCGUGGAGAAGGACAAGAGCAGAGAGAAAGACAGAGAGAGAGAAAAGGAAAACAAGCGGGAGUCAAGGAAAGAGAAAAGGAGGAAAGGGUCAGAAAUUCAGAGUAGCUCUGCUUUGUUUCCUGUAGGUAAAAUGCCCAAAGAAAAAGUUGUCAGUGAAGAUGUUGCAGCAUCAUCCUCUGCCAAAAAGCCCGCCGGGCGGAAAAAGUCGGCGGCGGUAGAGCCCGCGGCAGACGCUGCCGCGGCCGCCCCGGCAGACACGGCCGCGGUCAAAGCCAAGCCGUCCAAGAAAGGCAGAGGGGGCUCGGACAAAUCCGAGCUGGAGCUGAGCCCCGCCGCGCCGGCCCUGGAGAAGGAGAAGGCCCUGCGCCUCUCGGCUCCGUCGGCGAGCGCCGUCAAACAUUCCGCCUCCUCCAUCAGCUCCAUGCUGGCCCAAGCCGACAAGCUGCCCAUGACCGACAAGCGGGUGGCCAGCCUCCUGAAGAAGGCCAAGGCGCAGCUCUACAAGAUCGAGAAGAGCAAGUCCCUCAAGCAGGCCGACCCGCCGAAAGCGCAGGGACAGGAGAGCGAUUCCUCGGAAGCGUCCGUGCGAGGCCCGCGGAUCAAGCACGUGUGCCGGAGGGCGGAACUCGUGCCCGGUAGAAGGAAUCCCAUGUGCAAGCCGGGCGCUUAGGAAGCCCUGUCUCAGCCAGGGGCAUUCACGUUGCUGGCUGUUUUGGCAGAUAAGUCGUCGAUAGCUGGCUCGGAAGAGGCCGAACCUCUCGCUCCCCCCAUCAAGCCCAUCAAGCCGGUGACCCGCAACAAGGCGCAGCAGGAGCCCCCGGUGAAGAAGGGCCGCCGCUCGCGGCGCUGCGGGCAGUGCUCGGGCUGCCAGGUCCCCGAGGACUGCGGCGUCUGCACCAACUGUCUGGACAAGCCCAAGUUCGGCGGGCGCAACAUAAAGAAGCAGUGCUGCAAAAUGAGGAAAUGCCAGAACCUGCAGUGGAUGCCAUCCAAAGCGUAUCUUCAGAAGCAAGCAAAAGCUGCAAAAAAGAAAGAGAAGAAAUCCAAGGCAAACGAGAAGAAAGAAAGCCACUCUGGGAAGAACCAGCUGGACUCGGGGCAGAAGCCGGCUGCGCCGCCGGCCGUGGCCAGAGAGGAGGCUGCGGCGGGGCAGCUGCCGCCCGCCCCGCCGCCCAGCGCCGGCCCCGCCAAGAAGGAGGCACCCAAACCCGCCGCUGCUCAGCCCAAGAAAAAGCAGCCCCCGCAGCCAGAAACAGGCACAGAACAAAGCAAACAGAAGAAAAUUGCUCCUCGUCCAACUUUCCCUGUGAAACAGAAACCUAAAGAAAAGGAAAAGCCCCCUCCUCUCAGCAAGCCGGAAAGCAGCACGCUCAAUUUGCUCAGCACUCUGACUAAUGGAAGCAGUUCCAAGCAAAAGGCACCUACAGACGGAGUCCACAGGAUCCGGGUGGAUUUCAAGGAGGACUGUGAAGUGGAGAAUGUUUGGGAGAUGGGGGGGUUAGGCAUCGUCACCUCGGUACCUAUUACUCCCAGGGUGGUCUGUUUUCUCUGUGCCAGCAGUGGACAUGUGGAGUUUGUGUAUUGCCAGGUGUGCUGCGAGCCCUUCCACAAGUUCUGCCUGGAGGAGAGCGAGCGGCCCUUGGAGGAGCAGCUGGAGAACUGGUGCUGCCGCCGCUGCAAGUUCUGCCACGUGUGCGGGAGACAGCACCAGGCCACCAAGCAGUUGCUGGAGUGUAACAAGUGCCGAAACAGCUAUCACCCUGAGUGCCUGGGCCCAAACUACCCCACAAAACCCACCAAGAAGAAGAAGGUUUGGAUAUGUACCAAGUGUGUUCGCUGCAAGAGCUGUGGAUCGACAACCCCAGGCAAAGGGUGGGAUGCGCAGUGGUCGCACGACUUCUCGCUGUGUCAUGAUUGUGCCAAACUCUUCGCUAAAGGAAACUUCUGUCCUCUCUGUGACAAGUGUUAUGAUGAUGAUGACUAUGAGAGCAAGAUGAUGCAGUGUGGCAAAUGUGACCGCUGGGUGCACUCGAAAUGCGAAAACCUUUCAGACGAGAUGUACGAGAUCCUGUCGAACCUGCCCGAGAGCGUGGCGUACACCUGCAUUAACUGCACGGAGCAGCACCCCGCGGAGUGGCGCCUGGCGCUGGAGAAGGAGCUGCAGGCGUCGCUGCGGCAGGUGCUCACAGCCCUGCUCAACUCCCGCACCACCAGCCACUUGCUGCGUUACAGACAGGCAGCCAAGCCGCCGGAUUUAAAUCCCGAGACGGAAGAGAGUAUCCCGUCUAGGAGCUCUCCUGAGGGUCCGGACCCUCCUGUCCUGACCGAAGUCAGCAAGCAGGAGGAGCAGCAACCUCUCGAUCUGGAAGGAGUGAAAAGGAAGAUGGAUCAAGGAGGUUACACGUCUGUGUUGGAAUUUAGUGAUGAUAUUGUGAAGAUAAUUCAAGCAGCCAUUAAUUCGGAUGGAGGGCAGCCAGAAGUUAAAAAAGCCAAUAGCAUGGUCAAGUCCUUCUUUAUUCGGCAAAUGGAGCGUGUUUUUCCAUGGUUCAGCGUUAAAAAAUCCAGAUUCUGGGAGCCGAAUAAAGUCACGAGCAACAGCGGGAUGCUGCCGAACGCGGUGCUGCCCCCGUCGCUGGACCACAACUACGCUCAGUGGCAGGGGCGGGGAGAGAACAGACGCACGGAGCAGCCCCCUCUCAUGAAGAAGAUCAUCCCAGCUCCGAAGCCCAAAGGGCCGGGAGAGCCAGAUUCACCGACUCCUCUGCACCCGCCCACGCCACCCAUCUCCAGUUCUGAGCGGAGCAGAGAGGACAGUCCUGAACUGAAUCCACCCCCAGAUGUGGAAGACAACCGGCAGUGUGCGCUGUGCCUGAAAUACGGGGACGACAGCGCUAACGAUGCUGGGCGUCUCCUCUAUAUUGGCCAGAACGAAUGGACACACGUGAACUGUGCUUUAUGGUCGGCAGAAGUAUUUGAGGAUGAUGAUGGUUCCCUGAAAAACGUGCAUAUGGCUGUGAUCAGGGGAAAGCAGCUGAGAUGCGAGUUCUGCCAGAAGUCAGGUGCCACGGUAGGCUGCUGCCUCACUUCCUGUACGAGUAACUACCACUUCAUGUGCUCACGAGCCAAGAACUGUGUCUUUCUGGAUGAUAAGAAAGUUUACUGCCAGAGGCACCGUGACUUGAUCAAAGGAGAGGUGGUUCCUGAGAAUGGAUUUGAAGUUCUUAGGAGGGUUUUUGUGGACUUUGAAGGGAUCAGUCUGAGAAGGAAGUUUCUUAGCGGCCUGGAACCGGAGAACAUCCAUAUGAUGAUUGGGUCGAUGACUAUAGACUGCUUAGGAAUUCUCAAUGACCUCUCGGACUGUGAGGACAAGCUGUUUCCCAUCGGCUAUCAGUGCUCGAGGGUGUACUGGAGCACGACGGACGCGCGCAAGCGCUGCGUGUAUACCUGCAAGAUCAUGGAGUGCCGACCCCCUGUCGUGGAACCCGACAUCAACAGCACCGUAGAGCACGACGAUAACAGAACCAUUGCUCAUAGUCCCCUACCUCCCGCAGAAACUCUCUCCAAAGACAGCAGAAAUACACCUGAAAUUGUGAGCCCGCCGUCCCCGGACCGUCCCCUGCAUUCUCAGACGCCCGGCUCCAGCUACUACCCAGUAGCCUCAAAGGCUCCUCGGAUCAGGACCCCCAGUUAUCCAUCGGCGCAGAGGUCUCCCGGCUCUAGGCCUUUGCCUUCUGCAGGGAGUCCUACACCCGUGACCCAUGAAAUAGUGACAGUGGGAGACCCUCUACUGUCCUCUGGGCUGAAGAGCAUCGGUUCCAGGAGACAUAGCACCUCCUCUUUGUCCCAGCAGCAGUCCAAACUGCGGAUGAUUUCGCCCCCGAGGGCCGGGAACACUUACUCCAAGCACAGCGUGUCUUCAGUUUCAGGCGUGGGGUCCUCUGCGGAGCAGGAACUGAGUGUAAAAAGCACCGAGCGCUUUGCGGGCUCAGGGAAUUCAGGCACUCCGAGUGCCCCAGCUCAAAGCUGCUCCAACAGCAUGGGCUCCCAGAAAGCCACGGCCGCAGGGGGAAGUAAGGCUUACCAGCUGGAUGCACCUCAGUGCACAGAAGCCAAACAGCCUGGCGCUGCAGAUGCAGCAGCCAAAGGAACGCCUGCCAAGGGAGAGAAGGCGAAAAUGCUGCCCUCGAAGGACCCGGACGCUUCAGCUCACGGCUUUUCCUCGGGAGGAAGCGCUAAAGUGGCCGCCCACGCGCACAGCUCGUCGAGCACAGAAUUGAACGUUAGCAUAGGAACCUUUCAGGAACCCGAAACUAUCCCCUUUCCGUCUCUGCACCAGAGAGGCCCGAGGAAGGACAGGGAGCAGCACGUGGAGCCUGCGCAGUUGGAGAAAACAGCCUUGGCUGACGAGAUGGAAGCCAAGGGCUUAAAGGCUGCAGGCGUCAACAGCAGAUCUCCUGCAGCGGGCGAGCAGGCCCUUUCCGCCUCCCGCGACAGGCGGCAGAAGGGGAAGAAGUUAGCGAGAGACGCUAAUUUCAAAGAGAAGCAUUCCUCGAAAUCCCUUUCCGAUCCCAGCCAGGCGGCGGGCAGUGAGGAAGGAAACGCGAAGGCCGAGUUUGGCAGCGCGGCUCUCGCAGCCGAGCAAAGCGCUCAGAGGUUGUGCAACAACGUCGCUGCCGAGAAAGCCGGGGAGAAGGCGCCGCCGGCGCCGGGCUCGGCCAAGGGCUCGGGGGCGCAACCUCAGUCCGCGGGGGCAGACGCGGCCCCUCCGGCCGAGCCCUCCUCGGCCUCGGAAAACGCGGACGGCGGUGCCGCCGUUGAGGGAAGCCCGAGCGAAGCCCCGGCGCAGGAAGCCCCCAAUAACGCGUACGAGAGCUUACCCGUGCAAGACAACAGCCUCCUGCUCCAGGACGGAGCUAAGGCUCAGGAGGAGGGCUCCUACAAGCGGAGGUACCCGCGGAGAAGCGCUCGCGCCCGGUCCAACAUGUUCUUCGGGCUGACUCCUCUGUACGGCGUGCGGUCUUACGGGGAGGAGGACAUUCCCUUCUACAGCAACUCCACCGGGAAGAAGCGAGGGAAGCGCUCUGCCGAAGGGCAAGUGGACGGCGCCGACGACCUGAGCACGUCGGAUGAGGACGACCUCUACUACUACAACUUCACCAGGACCGUGGUUUCCUCGAGCGCGGAGGAGAGGCUGGCGCCCCACAGCUUGUUCAGGGAGGAAGAGCAGUGCGACCUGCCCAAAAUCUCGCAGCUGGACGGCGUCGACGACGGGACUGAGAGCGAUACAAGCGUCACGGCCACGAGCAGAAAAGUCAACCAGGUCAGUAAGAGGAGCGGCAAGGAGAACGGGACGGACAACUUGAAGCUGGAUCGCUCGGAAGACUCUGGAGAGAAAGUGCAGGUCGCCAAGGGCGCCGGCGGCCACAAGGCGGACCCGAAGCUUGACAACUGCCACCCCGUGAGCAGGGUUAAAGCGCAGGGCCCGGACUCGCUGGAAGCGCAGCUGAGCUCCCUGGACACGGGCCGCAGGGCUCACGCCAGCACGCCCUCCGAUAAGAACCUGCUGGACACGUUUAACACGGAGCUGCUGAAGUCCGACUCGGACAACAACAACAGCGACGACUGCGGGAACAUCCUCCCUUCGGACAUCAUGGACUUCGUCCUCAAGAACACGCCCUCCAUGCAGGCUUUAGGGGAGAGCCCGGAGUCGUCGUCGUCGGAGCUCCUAACGCUCGGCGAAGGCCUCGGUCUCGACAGCAACCGCGGCAAGGACAUGGGUUUGUUCGAGGUCUUCUCGCAGCAGCUGCCCACGGCGGAGCCCGUGGACAGCAGCGUCUCGUCCUCCAUCUCGGCCGAGGAGCAGUUCGAGCUGCCCUUGGAGCUGCCGUCGGACCUGUCGGUGCUGACCACGCGCAGCCCCACGGUGCCCGGGCAGCCGGCUCCUGGCAAGGCAGAUCCGCAGGAUGCAGUGGAGCAGCCGCCCCACAAGCUGUGUGGCCAGUCGGCAGGCUGUGCAGUGCAGUUAGUUUCCACUCUCCAAACUCACACUCUAGACAGCUCUCAGGACAAUAAGAGUGUGCCAGGCUAUAUUAGAAGCAAGUUGCUAAAUAUUUGUCUUCAUUUUCUAUCCUUCCAAAGGCAAAUGGCUGUCCUCCCAGAGUCUCAAUCAGCACAAAGCUUGGCAAAUGAGCAAGAAAACGCAGGCCCCAAAGCUGCCGAGGAAGAGGAGAGCACGUUCAGCUCCCCUCUUAUGUUUUGGCUUCAGCAAGAACAGAAGAGGAAGGAGUGUCUCGGUGAGAAGAAACCAAAGAAAGGUUUGGUUUUUGAGAUCUCCAGUGAUGACGGCUUUCAGAUUUGUGCAGAAAGUAUCGAAGAUGCCUGGAAGUCGCUGACGGACAAGGUGCAGGAGGCCCGUUCCAACGCCCGCCUCAAGCAGCUGUCGUUUGCAGGUGUGAACGGUUUGAGGAUGCUGGGCAUUAUCCACGACACCGUCGUGUUCCUGGUUGAGCAGCUGUACGGAGCCAAGCACUGCCACAACUACAAGUUCCGAUUUCACAAGCCAGAGGAGGCCAACGAACCUCCUCUGAACCCGCACGGCUCCGCCAGGGCUGAAGUCCACCUGAGGAAAUCUGCCUUCGAUAUGUUUAACUUCUUAGCUUCUAAACACCGGCAGCCGCCCGAAUACAAUCCCAACGAUGAGGAAGAGGAGGAGGUGCAACUGAAAUCAGCCAGGAGAGCCACUAGCAUGGACCUGCCAAUGCCCAUGCGAUUCCGGCACUUGAAGAAGACCUCCAAGGAGGCGGUCGGUGUCUACAGGUCUCCCAUCCACGGCCGGGGUCUGUUCUGCAAAAGGAACAUCGAUGCGGGCGAGAUGGUGAUUGAAUAUUCAGGCAACGUCAUUCGCUCUAUCCUCACUGACAAACGGGAGAAGUACUAUGACAGCAAGGGAAUCGGCUGCUACAUGUUCCGCAUCGACGACUCCGAGGUGGUGGACGCCACCAUGCAUGGCAACGCGGCCCGCUUCAUCAACCACUCGUGCGAGCCCAACUGCUACUCGCGGGUCAUCAACAUCGACGGGCAGAAGCACAUCGUCAUCUUCGCCAUGCGCAAGAUCUACCGCGGGGAGGAGCUCACCUACGACUACAAGUUCCCCAUCGAAGACGCCAGCAACAAGCUGCCCUGCAACUGCGGCGCCAAGAAGUGCAGGAAGUUCUUGAACUAG